GCCCUGGUUUAUGAGGGAAAAUGUAUCGUCUCGGUCAACAGUCUAUCGCCAAGAUCGCUUUCAAUUUCUUUUUAUCCACUGUGCCACGGGAAUAUUUUCAUUUUACGAGACAAUACAAUAAAAGCUGGUCGUGUAUUGGCUGAUUUUUGAUCAAGUUUUACACACAUCUGCACGAAAAUGCCGAGGACCAAGAAGAAGAAUAGCAGGGGGGGGCAGCAUGGGACUGUGCAGCCUUUCAGUGAUGAGGACGCCUCCAUUGAAACCCUCAGUCAUUGCAGCAGCUUCAGUGACGCCACCAGUGUAGCAGACGAAGGUGGAGAGGCCGGUGAGGACGCAGCCCUGGAGGAUUUCCAGUUCAAGCUGAAGGGGUUCAUAGACAGCACGGUGGACAAGAGUGCUAAGACCAGACAGGGGGCGCUGGACGGGCUUAAGACUGCAAUGGCCACAAGGAUCCUGUAUGAGUUUAUCUCUGAGAGAAGGAUGACCAUCACAGACAGCAUUGAACGCUGCCUCAAGAAAGGAAAAGGCGAGGAGCAGCGAGCAGCAGCUUCUUUGGCCUGCUUGCUGUGUAUCCAGCUGGGCUCAGGAAUUGAGAGCGAGGAGGUGUUUAAGACCCUGAAACCCAUCUUCAAAAACAUUCUGGCAGACGGAUCAGCCAACAUACAAGCCAGGCAGGCUGUGGCAACAAGUCUGGGCCUUUGUACGUUAGUAGCGGAGGAUGACAUUUGGGAUGUGCAUGCGACCAUGGAGUGUUUCGAGAACCUGUUCACUCGGUCCUAUGCGAGGGCGGAUGGUACCUGUCCUUCCAUCAGUCCCCAGACAAGCCAGCUCCACACCAACGCCCUGCUGUCCUGGGCACUGCUGCUCACCAUCUGUACCGCAAACCAGCUCAAAGACAUCCUGAGCAAACACCUGCCUAAACUGCAGAGGUUGCUUGAGAGUGACGAUGUGAACAUGAGAAUUGCUGCAGGGGAGACCAUCGCCCUGCUGUUUGAGCUGGCCAGAGACAUGGACCCUGAGUUUGAGUUCGAUGACUGGGACGACCUGUGUGACAAACUGAACGCGUUGGCCACAGACUGUAACAAGCACAGAGCCAAGACGGACAAGAGGAAGCAGCGGUCAGUGUUCAGGGACGUCCUCAAGGCUGUCGAGGAGGGGGACUUCCAAUCUGAGACCAUUCGCUUUGGGACAGAGCGCAUGACCAUUGACAGCUGGGUCAGGAAGAGGACGUACGAUGCCUUCAGGGAGUUUGUGGGCUCUGGGAUGAACUACCACCUACAGGCAAAUGAAUUCAUCAGAGACGUGUUUGAAUUGGGACCACCGAUGCUGGUUGACUCAGCCACCAUGAAGGCCAUGAAAAUCUCUCGCUUUGAAAGGCAUCUCCACAACUCUGCUGCAUUCAAGGCUCGGACCAAGGCCAGGAGCAAGUUCAGAGACAAGAGGGUGGACGUUGGAGAGUUUUGAACCUUUUCUUUUUUUAUUAUUAUUAUUACUAUUAUUAUUAUUAUUUUCUUGUUGACUCUAAUAGGCUACUUAUCAGGCUUCCCCUGCUUUUUAGAUGAACUGUUACAUGUUUGUUCACAUGAUCACCACCCCAAAUCUAUCGUUAUGUGUCAAACGCUCGCCUUUGGUAGACUUGUAACUUAUCACAGCUUCGUAACGGCUUCUCUUUUUUAAAUCUUCAGGAGGUGAGUGUUUGAUAAUCAAACAGUACACUGUGGGUGGAGGAUAACUUUAAUGCUGUAUAGCCACAGAAAACGGUGUUGUACAUAUAGUGUGUAUUUAUUUUCUCCUAAUGUUAAUAUUCAUUGUGUGGCCUUUUUUUUUUUUCCCCCAACAUUAUAAUAAGUUAUGAAUUUAUGCCAACAUCUGUCUUGUAAGUUUUAUUUCAGUUAAUUGUAAGUAAGACUGUGGCUGAGCUAACCUGUGAUGGAUUUGUAUUCAGUUGCACUAACUAGCUAACCCUUAGAUUAUUUAUGUAGAGCCUACGUGAAUAUUGUGUUUUAGUAUUGGGUAUGUAAUCUAAAGGGUGAACGGAUGGUGGAAAUAAACACUGAAAAGCUGUACAAA